AUGGCGGGAUCCACACUUGUUGGCUUGUAUUCCUUACUGAGUAUUUGGUCCGUUACCUGUCACCCCAACCUCCGUGAUUUGUUGUUGAAAAGGCUCGGAACCGAAGAAGGAAGUGUCCGUCUCAGAGACGGACGAACAGACUACCAAGGUCGACUGGAAAUAUUCCACGCUGGCCAAUGGGGCACGGUGUGUGAUGACAAUUUUGACCGGUUCGAUGCACGAGUGGUCUGUAAACAGCUCGGAUACAGAGGAGGUAGAGUGACUAAGAACGCUUUCGAUGCUUAUGGUGGAGGAGAAGGACCUAUAUGGAUGGACGAUGUGUCAUGUGACCAAGAAGAGCGCCGCCUCGUGGAUUGUAACUUUCCCGGAUGGGAAAUUGAAAACUGCUCUCAUUAUGAAGAUGUUGGUAUCGAGUGUAACUAUGUGGAAGAAGGAAAGCUCCGACUGACUGGUGGUACCACACCGUUACAAGGUCGGCUGGAGAUCUUUCAUGAUGAACGUUGGGGGUCAGUGUGUGAUGACGGUUGGACACAGACUAAUUCCCGUGUCGUGUGUUCAGAACUGGGCUUCAGCGGAGGAUCCGUUCUAGACCAAGCCAGUGAUAAGGGAAGCGGCCCGAUCUGGAUGGAUGACGUGUCCUGUAGGGGUGUUGAGGAUCGUCUGGUAAACUGUAAUUUCCCAGGCUGGAAAAUUGAGGACUGCUCUCACUUUGAGGACAUUUCUAUCUCAUGUGAUCCUCUAGAAGAAGGAAGCAUUCGGCUGGUUAGUGGUCAAAGCGAAUUGGAAGGAAGAGUCGAAAUUGUCCAUGACGGUAGAUGGGGAACUGUCUGUGACGAUGACUUCGAACAGAUCGAUGCUGAAGUUGUAUGUCGACAGCUAGGAUACAGCGGUGGCAUCGUUGCAAGUGAAGCAGCAUUCGGCAAAGGAAAAGGUCCUAUUUGGAUGGACCAAGUCACGUGCACGGGCAGUGAAUAUCGAUUGGCAGAAUGCGAACACCCCGGAUGGAGGGAGGAGGACUGUUCUCAUUGGGAGGAUGUUGGCGUUAUAUGUGAUAUAGAUAAUAAUAUACCGGAAGUUGAGGAAGAUGAGUUUAAUGAGGUGGAAUCUAACAAUACUCCAUUUUAACGAGACAAGAAAAGGAGAAGGACAAUAUGUACAUAGCCACUGCGAGGCCAUAGGUCAAUUGUUCUUUUUAGGUUAAGAAAAUUAGUUGAAAAUCAUGUAAAUAGACCUCUCGAACAGUAACCUAGUUCUGCCAAGGGAGAUAAUGAAGCAGAUAGGUGGUAGAAGAGAAACAAAAGACUUCAGAACAUUCAACACCAGUAGACACAAUUUUUUAAAAUCCACAUUCUGCAAUAGUACUGACAGUUAGUCGCAUUGGACGGUCAUGUGUUAUUAUAUACGUUUAUUUCCUAAUAUGUAUAGUUGCUUCAAAGUUAAUAUGAUUCAACAAUAGAAAAAGGCGGAUAAUAUUUCAUAACUAUUGAGAGAACACUAUUCAGAGAAUGGCUGGAAAUUACACCACACUUACUUCCGCCUCACAUAAUGAACAAUACAGAUGUGUUUUCAACAUGUAAAUUGUUCGGUGAUUGGUAUUGGCCACCGACAACCUGACGUGUAUUUAUUUGACCAUAUUUCUGUGUAUACUGACAAGAUAUAAUAAAACAGACACAGGACCUGUUUUGUAUUGUUGAUAAAAAUAGUAAAAAGUAGAGUCAUGAA